GAAUCAGACUUAGCCAUUCUCCCUUGCCUGAAAUAUGUGUAGGAGGAUCAGCUUGGCAACCUACGAGUUAACAAGGCAGCACGUGUUAAGUUGAGCUAAGUGAGUAAUGCACCUAGUUAAAGUUUUCAACGCGGCUGCAAUUUGGGGAGUGAAAGAAAGGGAAAGAGCCAGAUCAGAAGCUGUUAUUUCACGAGCUGAGCUCAUUUUAAAGAGGGUCAUGAACACAAGUUGUGAAAGGUGCCAAACAGGUUGAGUCACUUUUUCUGCUGUGGGAGGAAUACUGAUUUCUCAGGCUGGCUUUGGAUGAUUAAGUCAGCUAAGAAGAGGCAAGAGACAAAAACUGCCAGUCUCCUCAAGUCAAGCGAGGCUCUUUUACUCCCAGGGUGGCGAUUUUUGGAUUCUAACAAUUGAAAGCGUCCUUCUUGAGCAACGCAUUCGGUCACAGCAAACAUCAUGUGGAGUUUUCUGGCUCUGCUUUGAAAUUCGGAUUUCUUCGUUGAAAAGGGGGGGGGGAGAAAGAGUAUGGAUGAUUCGGCCUUCUUUGACAUGCUAGAAUGCCCAGUGUGCCUGGAGAAGCUGGACGUCUCGGCCAAAGUACUCCCCUGCCAGCACACCUUCUGCAAGCCUUGCCUCCAGAGGAUCUUGAAGUCGCACAAGGAGCUUCGGUGCCCUGAAUGCCGAGCCCUGGUCCUCUGCAGCAUAGAGGAGCUUCCAGCCAACUUGCUUUUGAUCCGCUUGUUGGAUGGAAUCAGAUUUGGACCCAACAGGAUGAAGUUUGGCUCGCUGCAAAGAUCUGGGGUCAUCUCCUCUCCUGCCUCCAUCAGGCGAUUCCAGGGAGAGCCAAGAGCUGUGCAACUCAAUCAAUACAGGCUGACUGCCAGUCCCAGGAACCCAAUGGAAGGGGUUCCCCAGGCUAAAGCCUUGUACAGCUACAGAGGACACAACCCCGGAGAACUGAGGUUCAACAAAGGUGACACCAUUAUAUUGCACCGUCAGCUGGAUGAAAACUGGUACCUAGGAGAGAUCAAUGGGGUCAGUGGAGUUUUCCCAACAAACUCAGUGCAAGUUAUCAAACAGCUGCCACAGCCACUCCCCCUGUGCAGAGCACUUUAUAACUUUGAUCUGAAGUCCAGGAACAGAAAUGAAAAAACAGACUGUCUGCCAUUUCAUAAGGGUGAUAUAAUUACUGUCAUCAGCCGGGUGGAUGAGAACUGGGCAGAGGGCAAGUUAGGCGACAGAACUGGAAUUUUCCCCAUCUUGUUUGUGGAGCCAAAUACGACAGCACGGCAACUUCUUCAGACAAGCAAAAGUCACCUAUCCUCGCAGCUAAAAUAUGCUUCACCUUUGCGAAAAUCAUUGCCCAGAACAAAGGGCACAGAGUCACCCACUUUCUCCGAAUCUAGAAGGAAAAGUGUGAAGCAGUUCUCUAUCACAACAGCCUUAAAUACGCUCAACAGGAUGGUCCAUUCACCCAUGGGACGGCAGACUCUAGACAUCAGCUCUCCUGUGCUCAUCAGCUCCAGCAACCCCUCAGUGACGACCCAGAACCAUGAGAAAAUAGAAUUCCCAUACAGCACACCUGUUCAGGUCAGCACUUCCUAUUACUCGGCCCCUGGGCCCCUGGGGCAGCCGACAGCCAUUGUCACCGUGCCUCAUUUACAGCAACAGCUGCCGGUGAAUAUGUGCGUCGCUUUGCACUCCUACACAGCUCACAGUCCAGACGAACUAGAGUUGCAAAAAGGAGAAGGUAUCCGUGUUUUGGGAAAAUACCAUGAAGGCUGGCUAAAAGGCAUGUCGCUGGUCACAGGAAAGGUUGGAAUCUUCCCCAGCAAUUACGUCGCUCCACUUUUCAGGAAGUCCUCAAGCUUCCCUGAUUCAAGGAUGCCUUCCAUCUAUGCGACUUGGACAUUAUCCACUUCCUCACUUUCCUCCCAGGGAAGCAUCUCAGAGAACGGCCCAAGGCAAAGCAGACCUUUGAAAUCUGCCUUCAUGCCCGCAUCUUCGGCCUCACCUGUGAGGAAUGUCUCUGUGCCAAGCACCUCAGGGCACACAACUCCACAGAGGAGAGGACGUGGCAGCAGUAGGAAGAAUGGAUCUUUACAGAAACCUUUGCAACCAGGAACUCUUAUUCCAUUUGUCAACUCCCUCAGGCGAACUCCUGCCACCCAAACACGAGUGCAGCAAUCUCCAACAUAUCAACAUAUCUCCUCUCUGCCCCGAGGGAUUGGCACGGCUGAGACGGGAGCCAGGCCGAAUUCCUCCCACGAUUCUUCAUUCAUAUUAGUGCCCCGAAGCGGGAAUAGCCGAGCUCCUUCUGUGUGUAGCUCAGUAAUGUUGGACACCAAGGAACUGCCUACAAAAAACGAGUCAGCUCUAAAGCCACCUGCAUCUGCUCCACCCUCCAUUCUGGUGAAGCCAGACACAUCCAGGAACACCACUGAGAAGCAAGUGAAAACUGUGAGAUUUCAGAACUCCAGCCCACCACCAUCCAAGAGGCACAGCUCCUUACCUUUACCGACCCUCUCCAAUGGUAAACCUGAACAAGGAGGGGUCACAGAAGCACCCAAGAGCCCUGAGAUAUCAGCUCUCUACUCCCACCAUAUUAUCAUCGCUAGUCCAGUUUCUCAGAGGAGGAUGCCGCAUCCCAAGACCUCAUCACUGGACCUUUCUGGCCAAGCAGGCCACCUGACCUUUCCUACAAAAAAGCAUUAUAAUAGUAUGUCUGAAAACUGAGACGGGUAAACAUAGUUUAGAUUGCUUACAGAGAAGAAUGACAACAAAUGUCCAAAGUGAAGCUAACAACAGCUACCACGUACGCCAUGGAUCUCGGAUCCAAUCUGUCAACACAAAUUUAAGCCUCGUAGAAGAGCUGGGCUUCUUUCAGGCAUCUACACCACUGCUGGUGAUAUAGUGGAUUGGAUGCCACUCCCCCCCCCCCAUAUUGGACAGAAGUGUCUUUUUUGAGUGGCUUUGAUCUGCAACUCAAGGUGCAAGCGUGCAUCAUGGAUGUGUCGUUCCCCAUAUGCAAAGACUAUCACAAAAUUAAUUCCAUUGCCACAAGUAGAUAAAAAUAGGAUGGAAAGGAGAAUAGAGUGUGAGUAUGGCAGGCUAUUCAAAAGACAAACUGCUCUAAGAAAGGUUCAGCACUGUGCAAUGCAAUCCUGUCAGAAAAAGACUUCUCUAUACCUUCCUUUACCUUCUCUGUACUUUGGUUUUCUUAAUUUUAUAGUGGAUGAAACCACUUCCUAUCUCCACUCACCCCCAGCUCUUGCUCAUUUAUCAAAUUCUCCUUAUAUUUUGUUUAGCUUCGCAGUAUCCAUUUAAAGUAUGUGGAGAUAAUUUAUAUUAGGUUUUGAAGCAGAUUUUUUUUGUUUUUAGAAAUAUAAAAUGUUUCCCAGCCUCAUCAUUAGUAAAUCAAGGGAGAUACUGAAACACAACCCAUUGACCACAUAUUCCCAACCAUGAAUUUUGGAUCCUGCUUUCAUGGGGUUGGCUGGCUGAUUAUAGUGUGCAUUGCACCAAUCAUACCUGGUAACCCUAUGGUUCAAAACCAAACCUAAUUCCAAGUUAUCGAAAACAAACAAACAAAAAACUAAUUCACAAAUAUGCUUUAAGAUAUGAGAAACUCAUGCUGAAAACCUAGGAAGGAAGGUGCAUGGUUUAAGACUGAAAUCCUACCCACAGUUACUUGGGACAAAACCUCAUUAGAAGCAAUGGGAUUUACAUGUGAGAAAACUAGCAUAAGAACAGGUCACAGAUGUAAGCAUCCCAUCUUGUCACAUGUAAGCAUUCCAGUUGACCUGGAAGUGGACUAGGGGUGGAGGACAACUUCAUUUGGUUCACAUUUAAAACUAAACCUGAUUUGCACCUACCAGACUAACACACAGAUUGGAACAUAAUUAUUCUUAAGAUUGUCAACUCAAUAUA